CUCAAGGAACACAUACGCAGUGUGAAGAACAGGGACACUCAUACAUCGGCAGUAGCGGAGCAUGCUUGUAGCGCGGGCACGACUCACUUCCUCCGUUUCGACAAGGUCUCCGUACUAGCGAGGGAGAAAUACUUCGUACCGCGGAAAGUACGUGAGGCUAUCGAAAUAAGUCGUCGUCCCAACUUCAACAGAGACGGUGGCUGGGCAUUACCUCCUGCCUGGAAGCCAAGUCUGCAAUCUGCGUCAGCCUACAAUGUUGCGGGUCUGGAGUGUGACACAGUGAGCGCGGUAUGUGACACCGUUUUUGCGUCGACCCGAGAAUCGAACCCAACACCUGCGCAGCCGCCGGCGAGCGAGUCUAACGAGCCAACAUCGUCGCGCGCGCCGGAUAGUACGCGCGAUUCCAGGCAGAGGGCGCGAUGGGCGCGUGGCUCGAAUCGCCAGUAGCAGUGCGACAAUCGCCGCGUCGUGUGUUGCGUAAUGCUGCUCAUGAAUAUGAGCCUCUAGCAUGGCUUGAAACUAGUCGAGUUCCUCGUCAAAACGUUACGUGAGUAAGCCGAUAACAUAAUAAUUAAAUGACGUAAUGUUUAUAAAUGAUAUCCUUUUAUGAAAAUGUAUGUAGUAAGGAAGUAAUGAAUUAUUGAUUAUAUUCAUUGUCUAUGUUGACGUUCAAGGGCGUUGAUAACAAGUUGUAACGGUACAUAGACUGACUGACGUCACUGCCGAUGCGCUAACUACAUAUAGUCACUGAGUCAUUGUUGCACUGUGCCUCACCCGAAGUGCAUGACAAUGGAACCAAAUUAUAGAAGGACGCUGUCAUUUUUUACUGAUCAAUAUUCUCGGCAAUUCAACAUUCAACAUUUGAGGGAGGAGGACAUCAAUGCCGCUUUUCAAGUCAUUUUUGCUGUAAUUUUGGACGAUGAUAUUAUUAAGGCAUUAGGUUUCAGCUCGGACGAGGCGUCAAUGCAGUCUCUUGAAUCCUUCGUACGCGAACAUUUGAACACGCACCUCACAGUUGGCUGUUUCACAAGCGAGACGGAUGAACUGAUUGGAGUCGAUGUUUUAUAUGUACGGAGCUCGAACGAUAAUCUUAGAAACUACGGCCCUGAGUACGGAGAAAGUUUCUGUAACUACAUGAAGUAUCUGAAAUAUAUGGAGAGACGCCUGCGAUACAAUUUUGCUGAGAAAUUUAUAAAGUUCCUAACUUCACUUGGGUUGUUCAUAUUGCCAGAGUAUCAAAAUUCUGAUAUAGAAAAACAUAUGUUGCCUAUUCGAACAGAGGUUGCUUCAGCGCAAGGCAUAAGGGCAAACGGAGCUGCUCUGAUUGGGGAGAUGAUGCAAAAUUUAGCCAAGGGUUUGAGGUACAAAUUAUUAGAAGAAAUCAAAGAAGUUCGAGACUUGGAGUACCUCAUCGGAGCUGCUAUAUUUCCUAUUAAAAUUUACGGAAAAAUUGCUAUUUUAAGGACAUCAUCGUCAUCGUCAUCCCCAUCCCCAUCCCCAUCCCCAUCCCCAUCCCCAUCCCCAUCCCCAUCCCCAUCCCCAUCCCCAUCCCCAUCUCCAUCCCCAUCCCCAUCGUCAUCGCCAUCGUCAUCGCCACCAUCAUCGCCACCAGCCCAAAGACGUCUACCGAUGGUGAUAGACCUCACCAAUGACGACGACUAGCAAGGCGAUGAUACAACCUCAAGAUAAAUUAAAUAAUAAAUGAUAUUUAUUUCUGUAAAUAGGUUAUAAAAUAACACUUUUACACGUCAAUAUUUCAAAUAGCUAGAUGAAGCCGGCAUUUCCUAUCCGACUACUCUGAGAAGAAAUGCCGAAACAAACUCAGAGGUCAUAGUCUCUUUUAAAGUCCAGACAAUGAAAUAGAGGAUAAUGUGAGAGAACCGUGCAAGUUGAUUAUUAUAACAAUUAUUAUAGUUAUCGGUUUACUCACGUAACUGUUUGACGAAGAACUCGACUAGUUUCAAGCCAUGCUAGAGGCUCAUAUUCAUGAGCAGCAUUCCGCGACACACGACGCGGCGACAGUCGCGCUGCUACUAUUCUCGUCAAGUAGUUACUUUGAUAACCUUAAUAAUUUAUUUUGUAUGUCUCCCGAAAGUUAUAUUAUACAACCUAAAGAUCCCUUUUUUAUGGAAACAAGUAAUUUUAUCGACAAAAAAAUAAUAAUAUGGGGUUAA